AAAAUAAUAAAAUUCUCUAAUCUGUGAUUCUAAUGAUAAGAUUUUUCAUUCUUUGCUGUUUACUGGCUAUUUAAAUGACAAAAGAAAUGUAAUUUUUAUAUAGUGAAUUAUUAUUAACUAGAUUUUACAGUCUUCGAAGUGGAUCAAACAGUGUUUCGAAAAAGUAGUUGACAAAUAUUUUUUGAAUUUUCAUUAUUUUUCAUCACGCAAACAUGGCGGAAGAAGAUAUAAAGUUGUUGAAGAAAACUAAAAUAUCCGUUUUCGUUGACGAAGCUCUGCCAGACAUUUUAGUAGUAACAUACGAAUUUGGUGUUAAAAUAUUUAAAGGGGUGUUACUUGAUUCUACCAAAAGAAACCUUCCAUGUGGUGUUCCAAACAUGAACCCAGCUUUUAACACCCCUACAAAAAAUCCGGAUGAUGAUACAUUGUAUGCAGUUAACCAAAGAUUUGCUUAUAUGGACCCCAAUGCACCCAAAAAGAAAAAUGUACAAAUGCCUAGCAAAUAUAAAAAUAACAAGAUUAACAAGAUGACAGUCAGAUUAAGGCCACGCCAAGUUUUAUGUUCCAAAUGCAAGGGGAUUUGUAAUGAAAAUUCAGAAAAUGUCUCCAGAAAGAGGAAAGCCUCAGAGAGCUCUCAUAGUUUGUCUUCACCACCACCACGAAGGAAUGCUAAUGCUCCUGUUACCAGAUCAGUCAAUAUUAUGAAUAUUAAAAAAGGAACAAGGGAGAAGGGGCCUUCACUUGUACCUAAAUUAACUAGGUUGACAUUCCAGGAGGAAAGUUCUAUAGGUGUUAGAAUUAAUUUAAAUAGGAAACUAAUAGAAAAAAAUAACCAGGAAAACUCGCAAGAACCAGAUGAAAAGCAUUCCCUGGAUCAUUCCUCUGAUAGUGGCCAUUCUGAUGAUGAUGAAAUCCCCCUAAGGAGUAAAAGAUUAUUGAAAAAGAGAAGGAGUGCCAGUAGUGCUAGUGAGCAAUGGGAUGAUACCAGCCAACAUGAAAAUGCAAAUAGAAACAACAAUCAGGUUUCACAAUUGAACUCCAAUGUCAAUUCUGACCAAAUAGUUAGCUCCAACGUUUCGACCUCUAACACCACUAGAACCAUAAAAAUCUCCUACGGCCCCCAAGGCGAAGGAACAGUCCUGAAGAUACCGGCAACGAUCGAGAACCUGAGCAAUGACGACGAUUCCGAAGAGAACAUAAACAUCCAACCAAAGACCGCCGACAACAAGGCCGUGAGAAGAGCUCUGAAGAGGGCGAAAAAAGAAGCCAGAAGGAAAGAUCUGCUGUCGAGUGGCUCCCAGAUUUAUUUAGGAGUAGUUUCGCCUAGGUACACGAUAGGCAGUGCCUCUCCUAGACAGGGCCUUGGCAGCGCCUCGCCCAGAUAUAAAUACACGCCGUACGAUAUGAAUCCGAGAAGGAGGAAGCACAAAAUGAAGCACAAAAAGAAGCAUAGGGAGGAUAGGGAUAGGGAUAGGAAGCAUAGAGAAGAAGAGGUCAGUUCAACUCAGGACGAUUUUGACUCCAAAGAACAAUGCAUCACUCAAAAACUGUCGAUCAAUCUGAAACGGCUGAACGAUACUGACACCUCUCGAAAUGCAUCAGAUAAAAUGGAAUAUAUCUCUAGUUCCGAUGAACACAACGAGGCUGUACCAAAUUUUCCACCGCCAAAUCCACCUUUGAUGUUGAGAAUCAAUUCUCAAACAUUAUCUAGUGCCAUAGGUGCUGACGGUGUCCGCCUUCUAGUUGGUGAUAUUGUAUGGGGAAAAAUUCUCGGUUUUCCUUGGUGGCCAGGAAAAAUUCUAACAAUCACAAACUGUACUAAUCAAGGCCCUCAAGCUCAUGUUGCUUGGUAUGGAUCUUCAACGUCUUCUUUGAUGCAAUGUGAUCAGUUGAGCCAUUAUCUCGACAAUUUCAAGGUAAGAUACAGUAAAAAGAAGAAAGGUCCUUACAAGGAAGCGAUCAAACAGGCUACUACUGAAGCAAAGGAAAAUGCAGAGAAUAGAGUGAGACAACCUUUAGGAAAUUCACCUUCUCACAAUAUCAUUCAGGUCGUUCCACCAGCUUUGUCAUCACCUAGGGAAAUAGAUGUAGCAUCCUAAUUUCACUGUGUUAAUUUUCUUCAUGAUGUAAAUUCAAUUUUUAAGAUUGUUCAUUUCAUUUUUAUCCUUGUACAUUAUUUUUAUAAAUUAUGAAAUGCAAUUUUAAUCAUC